GAUGAGACUCGCGUUUGUGUCAUAGAGGUCAGUUUUUUAUUCUCGGCGGAUGGAUUGGCCGGGAAAGACCUGCUCCGGGGGUCCCUGUGUGAAAUCAUCGUGAGGAUAUUUUGGAGUACCUGAUAGGAACUGAAGACCUGAAGAUGACGGGCCACGUGGCGGAGAGAGACCGGUCGCCCCACAACCUGUCAGUGAAGACGACGUUGGAAGAGGAGCUGGAGAGAUCCGAGAGUAUUCUCAGCAGGGUGCCAUCCGUCUGUGAUGACACGUCCUCGGAGCUGCAAAGAGUCGCCACUCUUGACCCCCAUGGAGGCAACUCCAGGAACUCCUUCCAGAGGACCGGAGCCAUCUCCAGGUUGGUGAACCUGGUGGUGAGACUGAGGGAAUGGGCGCACAGGAGCCUGGUGGAGGAGGAGGAGCGGCCAGACUCCUUCCUGGAGCGCUUUCGUGGCCCCGAGCUGAGAAUGGCCCCCAGUCGCAACAGCAACACGCAACCGGAUGCCAAUGGCAACAAUGCCAAAGGGAUCUUCAGGAAAAAGUGGGAUUUGUUCGUGGUGUCUCCAUCCGAUGAUGCGUACUACCGCUGGUUAUUUGUUAUCACUACAGCCGUGCUCUACAACUGGUUCCUUGUUGUUGCAAGGGCAUGCUUCGACAGGCUACAGGUGGACAAUUACAUCUUCUGGCUAGUGCUGGACUACCUCUCAGACACCAUGUACAUUCUGGAUACUGGGGUUCGACUUCGCACGGGUUUCCUGGAGCAGGGGCUGCUGGUGAAGGAUCCCGCCAAGCUGCGGGACAGCUACGUCCGAACAUUGCAGUUCAAGCUGGAUGUGAUGUCCAUCCUGCCCACCGACCUGGCGUACAUCGCCACCGGCGUCCACACGCCGCAGCUCCGGUUCAACCGCCUGCUGCGCUUCCCGCGUAUGUUCGAGUUCUUCGACCGCACAGAGACGCGCACCAACUAUCCCAACAUCUUCCGCAUCUGCAACCUGGUGCUGUACAUCCUGCUCAUCAUCCACUGGAACGCCUGCAUCUACUACGCCAUAUCCAAGUCUUUGGGCUUCGGCUCGGACACCUGGGUGUUCCCCAACACCUCCCGGCCCGAGUACUCCACCCUGAGCCAGAGCUACGUCUACUGCCUGUACUGGUCCACCCUCACGCUCACCACCAUCGGGGAGAUGCCUCCCCCCGUGCGAGACGAGGAGUACCUGUUUGUGGUGUUCGACUUUCUCGUCGGGGUGCUGAUCUUCGCCACGAUCGUGGGGAAUGUGGGCUCCAUGAUUGCCAACAUGAACGCCACGCGUGCCGAGUUUCAGGCUCGCAUCGACGCCAUCAAGCACUACAUGCACUUCCGCAAGGUCAGCAGGAACCUGGAGACGCGCGUCAUCAAGUGGUUCGACUACCUCUGGACCAACAAGAAGGCGGUAGACGAGCAGGAGGUGCUGAAGAACCUCCCCAACAAGCUGCGGGCGGAGAUUGCGAUUAACGUACACCUCGAGACUCUGAAGAAGGUGCGUAUUUUUAAAGACUGCGAGGCGGGACUGCUGGUGGAGCUGGUGCUGAAGCUGCGCCCGCAGGUCUUCAGUCCAGGCGACUACAUCUGCAGGAAGGGAGACAUCGGUAAGGAGAUGUACAUCAUCAAGGAGGGGAAGUUAGCCGUGGUGGCUGACGACGGGGUCACGCAGUACGCCCUUCUCACCUCCGGCAACUGCUUCGGGGAAAUCAGCAUCCUGAACAUAAAAGGCAGUAAAAUGGGAAACCGGCGGACGGCCAACAUCCGCAGCUUAGGUUACUCGGACCUCUUCUGCCUCUCUAAGGAUGACCUGAUGGAGGCGGUGACGGAGUACCCGGACGCUAAGACGGUGCUGGAGGAACGGGGCCGGGAGAUCCUGCAGAAGGAGGGUCUCCUGGACGAGGACGCCGAGAGCGGCGGGCUGCAGAAAGAGGACACGGACGAGAAGGUGGAGAGGCUGGAGUCCUCCCUGGACACCCUGCAGACCCGCUUCGCCCGUCUGCUCAGCGAAUACACACAAACCCAGCAGCUGCUGAAGCAGCGACUCACUCAGCUGGAGCAGCUGCUGCAUCAGCCGGACGGCGGUGCCGAGGCAGACGUGGAUACGGGUGAAGGCCAGCCUGGGCCUGUUGCUCGUGCCGAUGGGUCACCACGCACACCACUGGGCAACCACAGAACACAGAGUCCAUAGGAAAAGAUUAUUUCACCCAGAAACCCUAGAACCAGACCCACUGAGACAUUAAGCUUUUUUAACCAAACCCAUGAAGCAUUUAUAUGUGGACCCCAUACGGGUUUAAAGGGAUUCUGGUUCCCAUGUGGGUUUAUCUGCAGUUGCACUGUUAUAGUGGACGGUAUCUGUUUGUCUGUAUGAACUAUGAGCAGAACCUGAUUUUUAGGUGGGACCCACACAAUCAACCCCCCUUUAUCCCUCAUGGCACCAUAUAUUUGGCUCACAUAGGCCCCCAUUUGGGACCCACAAAACUGAAAGUGUAUGCGACCCUGUUCAAACCCAGGCCCACUUUUAACCCAGACAAGGCCCACAUGGACUUCUUGGUUGGUUUCAGGAACAUUUUACCGUUUAAGGAGGUUUAAGGAGACGAAUGCGUCACUUAAACCGCGCAGUCUUUGAGUUCUUGUUGAUGCCAAAAGGAGUGUGCUGAAUGUUUGCUGAAAAGCUGGUUUUAAACUUUCUUCCAGAUCAAACCAAGUCAAGUGACGGACAACAUCAAGAAAUGUGAAAAACAAUAAUAAAAGCUGGCAAGACAUUUAAAAGCCACUUUUGUAAAAUAAA